AGGUGGCGCUGCAGUCCAGGCCCUGGCGCCUGGAAGGCGGAAGCGCGGCGUGGCGCGAGCUGCUGGGCUGUGGUGCGUGGACCCCGCGGGGGCGCCCCCUCCGCGCCGUUACCCGCGAGCCGUCUGGAAAGAGGUGCCGCCAGGUGAAGGGAGAGGGCCCCGCAGAUGCCCGCGGGACGACCAGCCCCGAGCCCGGCGUGACCCGGACCUCAGGGAACAUGGGCGUGCUCAGGGCCGGGCUGUGCCCGGGCCUCACCCAGGACACCGUCCAGCUUCUGAGAAGCCGCGGGAUCAAGACAGUGGUGGACCUGGUUUCUGCAGACCUGGAGGACGUAGCCCAGAAGUGUGGCUUGUCUUACAAGGCCCUGGUUGCCCUCAGAAGGGUGCUGCUGGCUCAGUUCUCAGCUUUCCCCUUCAACGGCGCAGAUCUGUACGAGGAACUGAAGACUUCCACCGCCAUCCUGUCCACCGGCAUUGCAAGCCUGGACAAACUGCUUGAUGCUGGUCUCUACACUGGAGAAGUGACUGAAAUUGUAGGAGGCCCAGGUAGCGGCAAAACCCAGGUAUGUCUUUGUGUGGCUGCAAAUGUGGCCUAUGGCUUGCAGCAGAACGUUGUAUACAUUGAUUCCAGUGGAGGACUGACAGCCUCCCGCCUCCUCCAGCUGCUGCAGGCCAGAACCCCAGAUGAGGAGGAGCAGGCAGGAGCUCUCCAGAGGAUCCAGGUGGUUCGUGCGUUUGACAUCUUCCAGAUGUUUGACGUGCUGCAGGACCUCCGAGGCGCUGUGUCCCAGCCGGUGAGCAGUGCGUCGACUGUGAAGGUGGUGGUUGUGGACUCCGUCACUGCCGUGGUCUCCCCACUUCUGGGAGGUCAGCAGAGGGAAGGUUUGGCCUUGAUGAUGCAGCUCUCUCGAGAGCUGAAGACCCUGGCCCGGGAUGUUGGCGUGGCGGUGGUGGUGACCAACCACGUGACCCGAGACAGGGACAGUGGGAAGCUCAAACCUGCCCUUGGACGCUCCUGGAGCUUCGUACCCAGCACCCGGAUUUUCCUGGACAUUGAGGAAGGGGCGGGAACAUCGGGCGGUCGGCGCAUGGCGUAUCUGACCAAAUCUCCUCGUCUGCCCACAGGUUUCCAGGAGAUGGUAAACAUUGAGACCUGGGGGACUCCAGAACAGAGCCCAACGUCACAGCAAGAUCAAAUGUGACUGUGCUACUGAUUAGGAAAGGGAGGGCCAUCCUGGGCCCCCAGCUCUGUGCACAGUGACACCUAUUCACUGCCACCCAGUGCUUGGGAUUGAAGUCAGAGCUUUUGGACUGGACUGAAGAGACAUCUCUGUUUCCGCAGCUUCUCCUGUGGAAACAGAGCUACAGGCGAGAGAGGAUGCUGUGGUGGACGGACCCAGAAAUCCAUGCUGGUGCCAAGUUUCCUUCCUUAUUUCUAUCAUGUAUGUGUCCAGUGGGAGCCAAGUUCACCCAGCUUAGGGCAUCUCUGAAGAGGCAUGCUAGUGACUGACCUGGGCUCCAUCCUCACCCAGUGACUGAGCCAUAAAGCCUCAGUCUGUUUGUUUUUGUGUGUUUGCGGUUAUUUCAGCCUCUGUUUUUCCACCUGUAAGAUGGAGCUCCCCUAGCUUUGCCUCUGAGUUACUGGGUGGAAGUGACCUUAUAAAUGCAAAACCUUUCUUUAUCUA